UACAGUGACGAAGUGGGAGCAGCCUCGUGCGCAUAGUCCUCGUACAACACGUUACGAGCGAGUGCGGGAAAUUCAAAUUGUUCAUUUUUUAAAUUAGUCUUUUCUAUAAUUUCAUGCUUUUUUAAUAUUUUUCCUUCAUUGCGAACAGUUAGACUGUGUAUACCAUUUUGUGGUGUCAGUUUUGUGAGUUGCGGAUUUUAGAUGAUUUUAUCGGGCAUGCUGUAAGAUGGAGAUAUCUAGCUUAAGAUCGCUGCUUAUAGCAGCCAUCGUUUUAAGUAAUUGCAUCACAUGGACGGCAUCAAGACAUCACUACACGCAUAAUGUAAAUGGACAUCGAAGCAGGCAUAGGAGACAAGGUGCCGGACUAUUCUUACCAGCCUCAUACAUAAUACCUGGAGGGGAGGGUAGGGGCGCUUGGGGAAAGUGGAGCGAUGUGUCUCCCUGCUCCAGGACUUGCGGCGGAGGAGUCGCCAGCCAGAAAAGAAUAUGUUUAGAAUUUGGGUCAGACGGUCAGCCUCUGUGCACGGGAGGCGAUACAAUGUACUUCUCAUGUCAAACGCAAGACUGUCCGGAAGGCGCAGGCGACUUCAGAUCCGAACAGUGCGCACAAUACGAUGACAAGACUUUUAGGGACCAAAAAUAUAACUGGAUCCCGUAUACGAAGGCACCAAAGCAGUGUGAGUUGAACUGCAUGCCUCGCGGGGAACGCUUCUACUACCGUCAAAGUCCUAAAGUGGUGGACGGUACGCGAUGUAACGACGAAUCCUUCGACGUGUGCGUGGAUGGUGUCUGUCGGCCCGUGGGCUGUGACAUGAUGCUGGGGUCGAAGGCGCGCGAGGAUAAGUGCCGGCAUUGCCGUGGUAACGGCACCAACUGCCACACCUUUACCGGCGUGCUCGAUUCGCAGGAUUAUAGGAAAGGAUAUAACGACAUACUUCUUAUACCAGAAGGAGCUACGAAUAUAUUUAUCGAGGAGCGGAAAGCAUCGAAUAAUUAUUUAGCACUACGAGCGAAACUCGACAACGUAUACUACUUGAACGGCGAGUAUCACAUCGACUUCCCGCGGAGCCUCAACAUCGCGGGCGCGCUGUGGCACUACGAGCGGUCACAGCAGGGCUUCGCGGCGCCCGACAAGCUGCGCUGCCUGGGGCCCACCACCGAGCCACUGUACCUCUCGCUUCUUCUGCAAGACGACAAUGUGGGUGUAAGCUACGAAUACAGCCUCCCUACAUCUUUAGCACCUCCUCCUAACCAGGAAUACAACUGGGUACAUGGAGAGUUCUCAGAGUGCAAUGCAACUUGUGGUGGAGGUAUCCAAACACGCGAGGUAACGUGUCGAUCACGGGAAGAAUUAGAGACAGUUGACGAAACGCUCUGUGAUGAGGGUUUGAAGCCAGCCACCCAGCAAACUUGCAACACGGAAGCUUGUCCUCCGCGGUGGGUGGAAGGCGUCUGGAGUCCCUGUUCCAAGCCCUGCGGGGACGGCGGCACGCGCUCCCGAAACGUGCACUGCGAAAAGUACAUUACUAAUGAGUAUCCGUCAGUUGUUGCCGACAAGGAAUGUUUCGACCUCCUGGGACCAAAGCCAGAACUUUACCAAGAGUGUAACAAAAACGCUACUUGCCCUACUUGGUUCACAGGACCCUGGAAGCCUUGUGACAAACUCUGUGGUGAGGGCAAGCAAACACGUGUAGUGCUGUGCCACCAAAAGAACAACGGUCGCGUGGAGCUGUAUGACGAUAGCGUGUGCGCUGGGGAGAAGCCGGCAUCAGAGCAGACAUGCAUGUUGCACCCUUGUGAGGGCGUGGACUGGGUGCUUACUGAGUGGACUGGGUGCGACACGUGCCUGUCACAAGUGCGCACGCGCGCGGCUCACUGCGCGACCAAGGAUCACAAGGUGGUGGACGCGAGCCUGUGCGCCUACCACCCGGCGCCCGUGCUGGAGGAGAAGUGUGACAAGACCAAGCUGCCGCCAUGCGUGACACUCUGGUACGCUACACAAUGGAGUGAGUGUUCGGCAAAGUGUGGCAAGGGCAUACAAAGCCGUCGUGUUUUCUGUGGAUUAUUUGAUGGGGUCGGGGUCACAAAGGUGGAUGAUGACCGUUGUGAUCCGAGUGAAAAAUAUAAUGAAACAAAGGAAUGCGAAAUCCCUAAGGAAAAAUGCCCUGCGAAGUGGUUUGCUGGUCCAUGGUCUGAGUGUACCAAGAAGUGCGAUGGUGGCGAGCAGUACAGGCGCGUGAUGUGCCUGAGUGGUGGUCGAGAAGUGCUGGAAUGUGACGAGCGAGACGUACUCGAUUCAACACAGACUUGCAACAAUGAGCCCUGCGGUGUCGAUGAAAUGUUACCACUUGACUCAAAAUCAUCCUCAAUAACCGACGACGACGACAGUGAAAACUGCAUAGAGGAAGAGGAUGAUUAUCCCGAAGAAAACGCUGAAGCUUUCAUAGCAGAAUCAGGCACAUUGGUACCUGACUUCGGAACUGACUAUUUACCCGAAGAUACUGGGUCUGGAUUUGGUGAAACCACUGAUUUCUCAACGGAAAGUACUGUUUCUGACUUUUCCACCCUUUCCUCUGAAUAUAGUUCAGAAACAUCGACCGACAGUACAUUUAGUUCACCUGUUACUGAGUUUACAAAUACAGUCACGGCGGAAUCAACCGAAACAGAUGAAACAACGGAAACAGAUGAAACAACUGGAACAGAUGAAACAACAGAAACUAGUCUAACUGAUGAUUCCAGUAAAACGACGACAUCUGAAGAGCUAACAGAAACUACUUCGAAUAAAGACUUAUCAUCGACAACAAGUGAAACAGAACCUUCCACCACGGAGUCAACAGAAGAAACUACGGUAACUGAUGUAACAGAAAGUACAGAUAAUAUUUCUGAGAAAACUACAGACACGGAAUCUACAAAUACUGAAACAGGCUCCACAGAAAUUACUGAGACUACUUUGACAAGUGACUUGACACCUGAAUCAGUUACAGACUCUACAGAAACAGAAGAAACUAGUUCAGGUACAGAAACAACAGAAACUGGAUCUACAGAAACAACAGAAACUGGAUCUACAGAAACAACAGAAACUGGAUCUACUGAAGCAACUGAAACUGGAUCUACAGAAACAACAAUAGAAGGAAAUACUGAAACCACGGAAACUUCAGAAAUAACAGAAACAACAGAAAAUACUUCAAUAGAAAUAUCCACGAGUGAUUUAACUGAAACGACAGAAGAAGAUACUGAUACCACUAAUGCAUCUGUAACUACUGAAACAGGAUCUUCUGAACUAUCAAGCGCUAUUAGUACCGAUACUACUUUAUUCGAAACAACUGAAAGAACUGGCGGUGAAGAAACGGGCAUCACAGAAAGUAGUACUACUGAAAGUAGUACCGAAACUUCAAGCGAGUCAGCUAGUUCUCUCACAGAAGAGACGUCUACCGAAGUAUCUACUGAAGAAUCUACUAAAGAUGAAUCUGUUACUACUGAAUCAAGCACUAGUGAGAGUGAAUCUCUACAAACUACAGAAACUGAAACUAGUAGUAUUUCAACAGAAGAAGAAUCGACUGAUUCAACAACUAGUUCUGGAUUUUCAUCAACAGAAAUCAGUACAUCUGAGACAGCUGAAGGCAGUACUGAAUAUACUACUGAAUUUAGUACUAGUGUUUCUACUGAAUUCAGUACUACGGAGUCAACCGAAUCUUCUGAAUCUUCGCCAGCUACAGAAUCAUCUACUACUGAAUCUAAUGAAUUAGAAUCUAGUACCACUGCUUAUUCUGAAUCAAGUACUUAUUCGACAGAAACCACCGAGCUUGUAAGUGGUACCACUGGUUUAAGCUCAGAAGGCACAGAAAGCACUGAAAGUUCGACCUCCACUUCGACAGAAGACGACACUGAUAAGUCAACACCAUGGAUAUGGACAACCGUUGUCGAAAGUUCACCUAGGAAACACAAAUGCAGAGCACGAAAGAAGGUUGCGAAAUGUGUUCGAAGUAAAUUUGGAUGCUGCCCCGAUAGGAUAACCCCUGCUGCUGGACCAUUUGACGAAGGUUGUCCGAACCCUAAAACUUGCCAGGAGUCUCGAUUUGGAUGCUGUCCCGACGAUGUGUCUCCCGCGACUGGACUUCGUGGAGCCGGCUGUCCUGUUACUCCCUGUAAUGAAACUUUAUACGGAUGCUGUAAAUCAGACAACUUCACCGCGGCUGAGGGCAAUGAUCAAGAAGGUUGUCCAGAACCACCACCACCUUGUCGAUCUUCCACGUACGGUUGUUGUAAAGAUGAUAAAACAGAGGCUACAGGUCCGGGAAAACAAGGUUGUCCAGAAACAGUUACAGAAACUACGAAACCUGAAACGACUGAAACAACUGAAACCACUAAAACCCCUAAAACAACUAAAGGUAUUCAGAGUUGUGCGGAUUCAGAAUUUGGAUGUUGUUAUGACAAUGAAACUGACGCGACUGGACCCAAUGGUGAAGGCUGCCCGUGCAGUAUUUCUAAAUUCGGUUGUUGUCCUGACGGUGUUACUACAGCUCAAGGCACCAACUUGGAAGGUUGUGUGAUGACUUGCAACACAUCCGCUUUUGGUUGCUGUCCCGAUGGAGUGACGCCAGCUCAUGGAGUAGACAUGGAGGGUUGCUGCCUACAAUAUCCGUAUGGAUGUUGUCCUGAUAACUACAAACCGGCUGAAGGUCCACAUCUAGAAGGGUGCGAUUGCGAGAACGCUCAUUUCGGAUGCUGUCCAGACAAUGUCACCAUCGCGCGAGGUCCGAACAAUGAGGGCUGCGGCUGUGAAUAUAGUAUAUUUGGAUGUUGUCCAGAUAAACACACAGCAGCUCAAGGUGGUGAAUUUGAAGGUUGCCCCUGCUACACAUACCAAUUCGGUUGCUGUCCUGAUGGUGUUACCAUCGCCACAGGUCCCAACCUUCAAGGUUGUGUCUGCCAACAGUCCAAGUACGGAUGUUGUGGAGACGAAGUCACAGCCGCUAGAGGUCCCGACAUGGAUGGCUGCGACUGUUCUAAUAGCAAGUAUGGCUGUUGUGCCGAUGGAGUGACUGAGGCGCAGGGAAAGAACUUCCUUAAUUGCACCGACAUACCUGAUAAUCGACAAGCUGCUUGUGCACUUGCAAAUGACCGAGGCUCUUGUCGUAACUUCUCCGUUUAUUGGUACUAUGACAUGUCGUACGGAGGCUGUUCACGAUUCUGGUAUGGAGGGUGUGAAGGAAAUGGUAACAGGUUUACUAGCAAAGAGGAAUGCGUGGACGUAUGUGAACAACCACCGCCCAAAGAUACUUGUAAUCUACCUAUGGUUAAGGGAGCCUGCGCUGGCUACCACGUUCGUUGGUAUUACGAUGCCACUCGUGAGCAAUGUUCACAGUUUGUGUAUGGUGGUUGCCUUGGAAAUGCUAACAAUUUCGACACUAGGGAACUCUGCCAGGAACGCUGCGAACCACAAAGAACCGAGGAUCAAUGCAAUCUGGAAGUCGAUCGCGGACCUUGUGCCGGCAAUUUCUUGCGUUGGACCUUCAACACCGAGACUCAAAGCUGCGAGCAGUUCCUGUGGGGUGGCUGCGGCGGCAACUCUAACCGUUUCGGCUCAAAGGAAGCUUGUCUGCUUCGGUGUAAGCCACCCGGCGCGCCGCUCCAGGCAUGUUCGCUACCACAAGAGCCAGGCAACUGCACAGAGAAGCACCCUGCCUGGUCGUUUAGCGCUACGGAGAAUCGCUGCGUGCCUUUCUACUACACUGGCUGCGGUGGCAACGACAAUCGUUUCGAUGACGAGAGAUCUUGUACGAAUGCCUGUCCAAGUAAUUACGAACCAGAAACUUGUACACUGCCAGCGCUGAUCGGAGACUGCGCCGUUUACACGCAGAGAUGGUUUUAUGACACCAAGAUCAAAAGAUGUCGUCAGUUCUACUAUGGAGGUUGUGGUGGAAACGAUAACAACUUCUUAUCGGAACGAGAGUGUGAGGACAGCUGCAUGGAGCGCGUCAUUAUUACCCCUGCAACACCAACGCAGGCGCCACCGGAAACAACACCGCAAACAACUACGCAAAUUCAUAUCGAAAGACAACCCUCUUACGGACCGCCUAGAUCAGACAUCUGCUAUCUGGAGAUCGACGCGGGUCCGUGCACGCAAUCGCAAACGCGCUGGGCGUUCGACACAGCGAGCGGCGCGUGCACGCAGUUCCAGUACGGCGGCUGCGGCGGCAACCGGAACAACUUCCCCAGCGAGCAGUACUGCGCCUACUACUGCUCCCCGGCGCCCGCGACCACUACCACCGCGGCACCCGGCAAUAUCGAAUACCGGUUUGGAACUCCGACGUCCGCUCCACAAGAUGUGUGCAAGCAGCCAAUGAAGACGGGCCCGUGCGACCAGUCGUUGAUGCAGUGGUUCUACGACGCGGCCCGAGAUGCAUGCAGCCAGUUUACGUACGGUGGCUGUGAAGGCAACGGCAAUAGAUUUAAUACACAAGAAGAAUGUGAACGUCAGUGUAGAUCAGGACCGACGAAAGCACCUGCUCCUCCUACGACCACUUCCACGCCAAGAAAUGAAAUAGCACAGGAGUACAUUCCCGAAGAGUGCCGAGUGGCCGGGUCGCCACAGGAGUGCCGCGAGGAAGGUGUGGUGUGGUACUUGGAUCAGGCGCGUCGUGCCUGCGUGCAGCAUCGGAACGAAGGCGCGGGCGCCGCGUGCCUGCACGACGGCACCUUCCCCACAGAGGAGGCCUGCGAGCGAACUUGCGGGGCUUUCAGAGAUAUCGACGUGUGCCGGUACGACGUGGACCCCGGUCCGUGUCGCGCGUCGAUCCCAAAAGUUUACUUCGACUACAACUCCGGUCGCUGCGAGGAGUUUGUCUACGGUGGCUGCCACGGUGGCCCCAACCGGUUCUCCUCCGUCGAAGAGUGCGAGCAAGUUUGCAGACCAAACGCAGAUCCAUGUAACCAGACUCCCGAACCCGGCAACUGCCUGGCGUACUUGCCCAUGUGGUACUAUGACGCGGAACGCGAUGAGUGUGGAGAAUUCAUCUAUGGUGGCUGUAAUGGCAAUGACAAUAGGUUUGAAACAAAACAAGACUGUGAAGGCCGCUGCAAAAAAUCUUCUACGCGGGCCGUCGCUUCCACCCGCACGACCACCACUUCGACCAUAAGCCCUCAACAGACAGUGGAUUUGGAAUGUGUAACUCCCCGGUCUUUGGAGCCCUGCGGCGAAAAUAUCACUGUUUAUUAUUAUGACACGAAGACACAAGCGUGUUUGGCUGGAGACUUCGGUGCUUGCCGGUAUCCUAACAGCUACAGGACGGAAGAAGAGUGUGAGAGGAAAUGCGGUGCCUUCCGAAACCUAGACGUGUGUGGUUCGGCUCUUGAUGCUGGUCCGUGUUUGACUGUCAUCGACAAGGUCUACUGGGAUUCGGUGUCUGGCCGAUGCCUGAACUUCACGUACGGUGGCUGCCUCGGUGGACCAAAUCGCUUCUCAACGGUCGAGGAGUGCGAGGAAGUCUGCGGAAACACAGGACCAGACGGCAAUGAGGUACUACCCGACUGCGACCGCUACAACGAGGAGUGCGCGGCCCUGCGCUGCGAGUACGCCGUGCAGCGCACGCGCACCGCCGGCGGCUGCGAGCGCUGCGCCUGCGUGCCCGUCGACGUGGACUGCGCGCCACUCCACCUCGAGUGCGAGCGCCUGCGCUGUAUGUACGGCAUGCAACGCACCACCGGAUCUGACGGCUGCGAACGAUGUAAAUGUAUCGAUCACCCUUGUGCGAGCACGGAGUGUAUCACAGGCGAGCGAUGCGUAGCGACGGCGUACAGGGAUGCGCUCACGCAGGAAGUCCGCUACUCUGCCGAAUGCAGAAUCGCAAAUAAAACUGGAUCGUGUCCGGCGGAGAGCGCGCCGGCGGCGCCGGCGGAGGGCCAGUGCCGGCGCGAGUGUAACGACGACGCGGACUGCCUGGGCGUGGGCAAGUGCUGCCCGCGCGGCUGCAGCCGGCUGUGCCGCGCGCCCGCCGCGCCCGCGCCCGACCGCUCGCCCGCGCCCGAGCUGCCGCAGGCUCCAUACGCCAAUGCGGAGGAGACGCAGCCGGAGGUGACCGCGAGUGAGGGUGACAAGGCCACGCUGCGCUGCGUAUUCCACGGAAACCCACCGCCGAAGAUAACGUGGCGCCGCGGUUCCAUUACGAUCGAGAGCGACUUGGGCCGCUAUCGGCUGUUGUCGGACGGUACGCUAGAGAUCGUGUCGCUGUACCGCAACGAUUCGGGCGUAUACAUCUGCGUGGCGGAUAAUGGACUCGGACAAGCUACUCAACAAAUCCACCUCGAGGUCGCAGAUCCGGUGGACAUGCCGGCGGCCAUAGCGGGCGUGCCAGACGCCACUAUCACCGGCGAGCUUGGGCGGCCACUCAGCGUACGCUGUCUCGCCUACGGAUACCCGCCACCCGCUAUCUACUGGUACCGCGGCCGGAACGGACCUAUGGUGCCCUACAGCAACACGCUUUAUGAAGCUCGCGGCAACGUGCUGCUCAUACGCCGGCUUACGCUCGAUGCGCUAGGCGAUUACAUCUGCCAGGCCUACAAUGCUAUCGGAAAGCCGGCCGACUGGGCCUUUGUCGUACAAGCAUACCGGACCGACGACGUCUCCGACCACCCUUACCUCGUGCCGCGGGAAAAUGAAGUGGUCGUCGUGACGCCACGCGAGCCGUCCACAGUGACCACUCCCACCACUGUGCCGGAAAUAGAGAUACCCGUGUUCACCGUUCCCGUGAAUACGCGGCUGACGCCGUCCCGGACGCGUAUUCCUUCGGGCGCGGAGAUCAACCUGCCAUGUGACGUCGACGGCUACCCGCUGCCUUCAGUGCGCUGGACCAAGGAUGGCGUGACACUCGUGGCCGACGACCGGAUUUCACUCACUGACGCGCGGCUGACCGUGCUGCGCGCGUCGCCCAACGACAGCGGUGUGUACGGCUGCCACGCGUCCAACAACUACAGCUCGCACUCCUCCACUGUCAGCAUCACCGUCGAAGGAUUGUACAUUCCGGCGAACUGCAAGGAUAAUCCAUACUUCGCUACCUGCCAUCUUAUCGUUAAGAGUAAAUUCUGUCAUCACAAAUAUUACUCUUCGUUCUGCUGUAAGUCGUGUGUGGAGGCGGGUCAGCUCGACCCCAACGAGCUCAGCAUGCAGGCGGACUCCUGGACUUGGAAGAAGUAGUUACCAUCCCUCGCCUAGUUACAACUAAUUGUUAUAAGGACCUAGGUGUUUUAAAUGAUCAUUCUACUACAUACAAACUGUGUGUUUAAAUAGAUAGCUGGGAUUUGAAUGAAAAAAUAAUUUUUCACAAAAAUUAUUCAUAAUCAUUAUCUAAAAAGAGAUUCUUUUUGAUACUCAUAUUAUGGUUUUUGUUGAGUUCAGAAAAUAAUUCUGUGCCAUAUUAAAAGAAAAUUGAAAUCUAUUGUAGGUUUUUAAAAAAAUCUUUAUUGUUUGCACAUCAAUAGAAAAGAUAAUACCAGUAGAUUAAAUAGUUAUUAUAGUUUUGUAGAUAGAAUGACAUCUGUGUAAAUAAAUAUUGUAAUGUCACAAAUUAGCUCCAUCUGUGAUGGAAGUAAAUACAAUGUUAUAGAAUUAGUGAUAACGAGGUCGCUGAGAGGCUUAGCAUCGCAGUUAUAGUCUUAAACUAUUACACCUAUUUAAAAUUGUUUUAUAUCAUCCAUCACUUUUAUAGAAUUAAAAAUGUACGUAACUCUGUUAAAAAAGUAACAAUUUUAGUAUCCUGUCUCGUUAUUUGCAAUUAAAGAUGAAAACUGAUCAGAGAUACAGCGAGUUUGAAAAACAAAUAAAAUUAUUUAUUUCAGAAUAUAAUAAUAAACAUAAUACAAUAAGUAACGUAUUUUUACGUAUAAUUUUGAGUCGUAAUAAUUUGUGUACGUGAAUUUUUUUAUAUCAAUAAAUGUAAAUAUAUUUACAAUAAAUGUGUACAAGUGA